AUGAUUAACAUGGGCCGCUUCAAAUUACCGCCCAUCAAGAAUGUCUUGGAUGUGGCGAUGCAAACCGUGAGGCAGCAAGUACCAGAGAAGUCCGGUGCUCCACCGCGCCCACCACAAAAUGUCCGAUUUGCGAAUGCAGGCAAGUACAUGCAUGCGUAUAAAUUUGUCAAAACUUUUCGAAGAAAACAACACAAAGUAAAAUAUUUUCUAAUCCCCCAAUAG